UUUUCUUUGCGAGUAAUCGUUCCGUUUUGAGUGUGGUUGUACAGUGUUACUGCAAUGCAGUAUUGGGUGAAGCUACCCAGUUGAAUCUGAGAAAGCUACCAGAUCGCAUUGCAUUGUCUAUGCCACGGAAAUACAUUUCUGCGAUUCUACCGCAUGCAAUUGUCUCUUACUUCGGAAGCUACAACUGGAGACCCUUAUUUUCAUAUAUCUACCACGAAUUGUACGUCAACUAAUAUUCUCCAUUGAGCGUUUUGAAUAUCACACAUUACGGAGCACAGGGCAGCCAUGAACUCUGCAUUUACAUUCCUUUCACUUGCCAUAUUCCCUCUGGCUCUGUUUAUUUUCUGGACUCUGUCAACAACGGGACCGUCAUCACCCCUUGGACGUGGAUUUCCAACCCUAACCAAUAAACGGAUUUGUCUGCUGAUCGCCCACCCGGAUGAUGAGGCUAUGUUCUUUGCGCCGACUUUGCUAGCCCUUACAAAGCCUGAGCUGGGGAACCAUGUUAAAAUACUUUGUCUAAGCUCUGGGGACGCUGCUGGCCUGGGACAUAUUCGCAAACAGGAACUCCAGAAGAGCGCACUCCGGCUUGGCUUGCGCAAUGAAUCGGAUGUUUUUAUUGUAGAUGAUCCAAGCCGGUUCCCAGAUAGCAUGACUGCUACCUGGUCCGAAGAAAAUGUUUCUGGCCUCCUUGCUUCUGCAUUUGCCCCGCAACUUGCAGCCCAAGCAUCAUCUCAGUCUGCACCGAUGGCCACUAUCGAUAUACUUCUCACCUUUGAUCAGUCGGGUGUUAGCUACCACCCGAACCACCGGUCCCUCUACCAUGGGGCACGCGCAUUCUUAAAGACUUUAAUGCGUGGAAAUUCUAAUCAUCCUUGCCCUGUCACCUUAUAUACCCUCACUUCAACAAAUUUGGUAAGGAAAUAUAUAGGCGUCUUUGAUGUGCCAAUAGCUAUGUUAAGCGGUGUAAUAAGCAAUGCAUUCGGAGGCUCUGGUGACAGGGACACACUUUCAACAUCACCGUCCAAAAAAACCCAGGAGUUAAGGGGGAUCCGCGAACCACCUCCAGCAAACAGGUUACUUUUCGUCAAUUCUGUAGACGAUUGGCUUUCUGGAUGGAAGGCAAUGGUGUAUGCACAUAAGAGUCAGAUGGUCUGGUUUCGAUGGGGAUGGAUUACGGUAGGGAGAUAUAUGGUAGUUAACGACUUGAAGAAAGAACUUGUAUAAAAGGACCCUUGAUUUUAUCUUAUACCUGAAUACUUUAAUUGGGAAAGCAGUCCAAACAGCUAAUUUUGUCGUUACUCUUUAUUGGAGACUACCUCCUUAGGUAGUGAAUUGCAUUUCGUAUAUAGCUAUCUAAUUCUAUCCUAUGUAUAAUAAUACCAACGAGUCGUGAGGAGAACAUAGAGAAUAAUGUUCCUGGAAGAAAGUGAUAGUGUAUUCCGCUGUUAUAAAUGGCAUGUAUAUCACAAAACAAGAAAUACAAAAAGGGGAUAAUAUACAGAUCCAUAAGUUGGUAUACAGUAGUGCUAAACAACUAAAAAAGUGGUAUACAUAGCGUACGAAGGGUGCAGCCAGUUCAACAUGCACUGCAACGAUGACGGACACUUUCAGUAAUGAAGGGUUGCCCGAACUGGCCGAUCGUCUCCCCAAAACUGUGCUGGGUCAAAUUCAACCAUUCCGUUUGUGAUAUGAUAGCGCACAAUGCGAGGUAAAAAUAUUUUCCAUUCAUUCACGGUAUUUGGGAGUCCUCUUCUUUCCCAAUCGUACUUGGUACCGGUCCAACGCCUUCGGAGAAGCAUGAAAAGAGCCCAGGUCUGAAGAUAAUCAAGUUCUCGGCACGUGGCCAUAUGGACGACUUGAAAUCGGUGGUAUAAAUCCCAGUAAGCCUUUGGGGCAGUGGGUGGAGGUGUGAGAGAUAGGGGGUUGACACGACGUAGGCUGCUUGUCGCAGUCUGUUCUAGGUUGGAGCUGCUCUCACUAGAGGGACUGUUGUUUUCGAGUUCUAAAUCCUUCCAUGCUUGGAUGAGCUGUUUUGCCAACACUCGCCUUUUAGAUAGGGUCGUUUGAAACAUUUUUCGCCCAUCACGCAUGAAGCCCUCGGUGGGAUCUACCGCUUGGCGGCUCCAGUUUAACUUCGUCAGGAUAUCGUACACUUGUAGCGUAGGUUUCAUGUUGUAAGGUUCUGAAGUCAUCGUCUUAAAAAUCCCAAUCACGGAGUCUUUAGGAAUGUGGCCGAUCAUAUUGUCUUCUGCAUUCUGUCCAUAUCUGUUGGUGGAAAGAAUGUAGGACCACACAAAUAGUUCCAUCCAGGUACGUUGUGGUAUCGGCACAUUGUAAUUCACGGAGAUAAAGUCAACCAAUUGUAGUGCAGUGGGGAUAUCGUUGUUCGUACAAAAUAUAUGAGCCACGGCAAGUAAAAGUUCAUCGGUAGGGUGUAAGGGAGAAGAUGGGUGAUAGGGAGUUACCGGGGGAAGAUCUUCUUCUCCCUUUUGCAAACGGUCAGCAUCAAUGUUCCAGACGGUUUUCAGGGUAUCCUUAACAGCUGCAAUGUCCCAUUCACGACCCGAUGCUAUCAUCAACUGAAUAAACGUGGACUCGUUGGCGUCCAGACCAUCCACUACCAUGUUUUUGAAGAGGCUGUGUACUUCAUCACGCACGCCGUCCUUUCCCGUCUUGUACCCUCUAUAUCCCGGAUUACUGCGUUUGAAGCGUCUUUUCCUGUAUAUCCAGGGUGUUGAUCUCAACGAGUGGUUCUCCUUGGGAAUGAAGGCCAUGUUCCAGGCUUUAGCCUCCAUGUAGUAGUUAUAACAUAGGACAUCCGGCGAAAUCCCAUCGGCGAUCAUUUCCUCCCAUAAGGUAUUAGCCAUAGCCUCAUCUCCCAUGGAACGAGCGCAGUCUAGUAAAUGAGUAUAUUCUGCAAGCCCUAGAGUAUGUCCAGCACGACGCCGUGCUUCAACAAUCGUUCCUAGAUUUCUAGCAAACCUAUCGAAGAUUUGCGCGAGAGGCUCGACUUUGGCGUACUCUGCGGCAGAAGAAUGGAAGCUCCGUUGGAUUUUCCUCCAUGGUUCAACGAAAUAUGCUGGAGAUAACAACCGGAGAGCUUCUAUGAAAGUGGUAGCAGGCAAUUGACGCAUGAUAUAGUCGUUAUUUCCUGGAUCAAGGAAGAUGGCCAUUACUUUGUCCGGCUGUCCUUCUAAAAGAACGGCACGGAUAUACUCUUCCCGUUUCCGAAUAGCGUCCUGAGUUGAAUCCUUCCUCUUAGAGCCAGGAGUCUCAAUCUCCCAGGCAUCUUUAUCAUUGUUGGACGGCAAAGAGGUUUGAUCAGUGUCAAAUGAGUUAUCCUGGGGCUCUUUCGACUGCACAGCGGAGUGCACGAAUCUGGUGGUUAUAAAUUUCCAUUUUGGUGUGCUGGAUUUGCUGGAUGGGCGUAAUUUUCGAAGCGAAGGGCGGGAGGAGGAGUGUAUAGCUUGCAGCUGAUUCCGUGAGGCCUGAGAGUGUUUAAUGCUGGGUCCACGCGCGCCAUUGAA